AUGGGCGAUGAAUCGAGUGAUGGGCAGGUAAUUGAUGUGGAAGUGAAACCAGUUGAUUUGGGCAAUCCAGGGAAUUGUAAGAGUCCGAGGAAUUCAAUUGAUCAGAAUCAUCGUGGUGUUUCUCAGACUGUAAUUGUGAUGAAAUCUGAUGAGGAAGGGGAAAGCAGGAAUGGACAUUCAAAUGGGCAUUCAGAUGUGUUGAGGAAAAUAAAGGACUCAAAAGAGGAUAAAAAAUCUUGUGUUAUUGAUGUCAACUGUGGCGUAAAUAGACAAUUUGGCGAGAAGUUGGAUGGGGAAAGGGUUUGUAGGAUUUGCCAUUUGAGUUCUGAUCCCUCGGCAUCCGAAACACCACCACGACUGGUGACAACUGCUACUACUAGUGUCACUCCGGUGACGGAUGCCAAAGAUGGUUUGAUGCAGCUUGGUUGUGGAUGUAAAGAUGACCUCGGGAUUGUGCAUUCAACUUGUGCAGAAACCUGGUUUAAGCUUAAAGGGUACAGGCAGUGUGAAAUUUGUGGUGAGACGGCAAGAAAUGUUACAGGUGUUGGCGAUUACAGAUUUAUUGAAGAGUGGACUGAGCCAAGCAGAUCUCAUGCUAUCGCUAUUAACUUGCCUGAUGGGCGUAGAAGGUGUUGCCGGGGGAAGCCAUUUUGUAACUUCCUCAUGGCAUGCCUGCUAAUAGCCUUCGUGCUGUCGUGGUUCUUCCGUGUAAAUAUGUUAUGA